AUGGUCGCCUCAACCCAAGAGCCAGAGCAGCCUACGACUCCUACCCCACAGAAGAAGAAACCAGCCAAGCUGCACCCGCGAAAGAAUGCAGAAGACGAAGCUCAUGAUAAACCAAGUGACGCUUCAGAAGCCAACAAUACACCUGCAGAGGCCGAUCAACCUCACGACAGUGGAUCAGUGAACUCGCCCGAUAGUGGCCCUCAACCUGAACCCGAGCUCGAGCCAGAGCAACCUCAACGGCGCAACCGCCGCACGCGUCGACCCCGGCGUGAUCCCGACGAACAAUCCGAAACACAGUCCGAGACCACUGAACAAUUUGGCACCGCGAACAAUCGCGAACGACGACGUCGACCCCGCCGACGUGAUGAGCAGCGCAUAGUGCCGUUCGGAGGUGACAAUGUAGGGAGGGAAGUAGGGCGAAGACAGGAUGCCGGCGGUCUGGGCAAUAUCACCAAUUUCAAUGGCAUGAUGAUGGGACAAGAUCAACAAAAUCAAGCUCAGCCAGAGAAGAAGAAAGGGUCGGACGAUAAUACGUUGUCCUUACGGCUGGACUUGAACCUGGAGAUCGAGGUGCAAUUGAAGGCGAGGAUUCACGGCGACCUGACACUGUCUUUACUGUAG